AUGGCGGGCACCGUGGCAGUGAUUGAGCAAUCGGUGAAGAAGGUGAGAGACCAGUGGGAGAUAUGCUUCGCUCGCUUCAUCCCCUAUCCCUCUCUCCCUUCCUCUUCCGAUCUCAUUCCUCUCCCUCCUCGCCUCCGCAACCUCCCUCCCCGCGGCAGCUGGAUCUCCUCCUCCGCCGUCGCCUUCCUCCGCCUCUCCUCUCACCUCUCCAACCUCCUCCUCACUAUCUCCUUCAAUGCCGCUCUCCUCGAAGAGCACUACGUCUCCAAGCUGCAUUUUACCUGGCCUCAGGUGUCGUGCGUUUCUGGAUACCCUGCCAGGGGCAUCAGAACUGUGCUAGUUAGUUACAGAGAUCCCCUAGGCGAGAUUCAAAAGUUUGCUAUGCGGUUUCCAUCAAUCUAUGAAGCGGAGUCAUUUAUCGGUGUUUUAAAGGAGAUUCUGAAAGCUGACAAGGACCCAGAACCUUUGAAUACCGACUUUUGUUCUGAAAUUUCAUCGCAGUCAGAGUUUAUGUCAACAAACGAACACUCCUAUAGUAGAGGUUGUGAAGAACCGAGCUUCAUGACUCCGGCUAACAAUUACAUUCCACAAUUGCCAAUAUUUGUGAAUAAUGAGAUGGGGCAACCUUCAGGAUCCGAAGUAAAGGGAACCACACCCAGUCACAACUUUGAAGGCAUGCUCCCAGCCUUGCCACCCAGUUUUUCCUCACUACUAAUGGACUGCUCUCAGAACAACCUGGCUCUGCCAACUUUUUCGGAGGAUAUUGAGCUCAAAUCCCAAAUUGUGAGGUAUAUGGAAGAUUCUUCCUUCCAAGAUAUGUUGAUUAAGGUGGAGAAAGUUAUCAGCGAAUUGGGGGGUGAUAUGUCCCUUGAGUUUACCACUCCAGGGAAUUGAAAUUGAUUAACGGGCAGCUUAGCAUCUCUCCCUGCUUACUGCACCUGAACCACGAAGACCUUCACCACACAUUCCCAACAAAUGUACAGCGGACUUCUUUCUUUACAGUGAGGCUAAAUUUUGUCUCGUUGUCUUUUAUUGUUCAGCAA